CCCCGCCCCGCCCCACGAGGAGCGGAGCGCGCCGCGCCGCGCCCAGCACCGUGCGCCGGGGUCUCGUCCCCCGCCUCCGCCCGACGCCGCGGAGCGCCCGCCCCGCUCGCGGUGGAGCGGAGCCCCAGAGGGGGACAAAGAGUUUGUAGAAGGCUUAAGUGGACAAGAGACUAAAGAAAACAAGAAAAAUGCCGAAACCAAUCAAUGUCAGAGUAACCACAAUGGAUGCAGAGUUGGAAUUUGCCAUCCAGCCCAAUACAACAGGCAAGCAGCUCUUUGAUCAGGUGGUGAAAACUGUUGGUCUUCGUGAAGUCUGGUUUUUUGGGCUACAGUACGUGGACAGUAAAGGCUACUCAACUUGGCUGAAGCUAAAUAAAAAGGUAACACAGCAAGAUGUAAGGAAAGAAAAUCCUUUGCAGUUUAAGUUUAGAGCCAAGUUUUUUCCAGAGGAUGUAUCUGAAGAAUUAAUUCAGGAAAUAACUCAGAGACUUUUCUUCCUGCAAGUCAAAGAAGCGAUCUUAAAUGAUGAAAUAUAUUGCCCACCAGAAACUGCAGUUCUUCUGGCUUCUUAUGCUGUCCAGUCCAAGUAUGGAGAUUACAGUAAGGAGAUACAUAAACUAGGCUACCUAGCCAAUGACAGACUUCUCCCUCAGCGCGUGUUAGAACAGCACAAACUGACAAAAGAACAGUGGGAAGAAAGAAUACAGAACUGGCAUGAAGAGCACAGGGGAAUGUUAAGGGAAGAUUCUAUGAUGGAAUACCUUAAGAUAGCACAAGACUUGGAAAUGUAUGGAGUCAACUAUUUUGAAAUAAAGAAUAAAAAAGGAACUGAAUUGUGGCUAGGAGUUGAUGCUUUGGGCCUGAAUAUUUAUGAGCAUGAUGAUAAGCUGACACCCAAGAUUGGUUUUCCUUGGAGUGAAAUAAGAAACAUCUCUUUUAAUGACAAAAAAUUUGUCAUAAAGCCAAUUGACAAAAAAGCCCCUGAUUUUGUUUUUUAUGCACCCCGUCUGAGAAUUAACAAGCGAAUUUUGGCACUGUGUAUGGGAAAUCAUGAAUUGUACAUGAGGAGGAGGAAACCUGAUACAAUUGAAGUGCAACAGAUGAAGGCCCAAGCUAGAGAGGAGAAACAUCAGAAACAAUUGGAAAGGGCACAAUUAGAAAAUGAGAAGAAGAAAAGGGAGAUAGCAGAAAAGGAAAAAGAGAGAAUAGAGCGUGAGAAGGAAGAACUAAUGGAACGCUUAAGACAAAUUGAGGAACAAACAAUGAAAGCUCAGAAAGAGCUAGAGGAACAGACUAGAAGAGCUCUAGAACUGGAUCAAGAACGAAAGCGUGCGAAAGAGGAAGCAGAGCGCCUGGAAAAAGAGCGUCGAGCAGCUGAAGAAGCUAAAGCUGCUCUAGCCAAGCAGGCAGCUGAUCAAAUGAAGAACCAGGAGCAGCUAGCAGCAGAACUUGCUGAAUUCACUGCCAAGAUUGCACUUCUAGAGGAGGCCAAGAAAAAGAAAGAAGAGGAAGCCUCAGAAUGGCAGCACAAAGCUUUUGCAGCCCAAGAGGACUUGGAAAAGACUAAAGAAGAACUGAAAUCCGUGAUGUCUGCUCCUCCUCCACCUCCUCCCCCACCAGUUAUUCCUCCAACAGAGAAUGAACAUGAUGAACAUGAUGAGAACAAUGCUGAAGCCAGUGCAGAACUGUCUUCUGAUGGUGUCAUGAAUCACAGGAGUGAGGAAGAACGGGUAACAGAAACACAGAAAAAUGAACGUGUUAAGAAACAGCUCCAGGCUUUAAGUUCUGAGUUGGCUCAAGCCAGAGAUGAAACCAAGAAAACACAAAAUGAUGUCCUUCAUGCUGAGAAUGUUAAAGCAGGCCGUGAUAAGUACAAGACUCUUCGACAAAUCCGACAAGGCAAUACAAAGCAGCGUAUUGAUGAGUUUGAAGCAAUGUGAGAGCUGUUAUUUUGCAUAUAUGUUCCUCGUAAAGCUGAACCACCAACAGAGAAAAAAGCAGGCCUUUGCAGAUUUGAUGGAUUGCACCCCACUUUGCCAAAGCACUUAAUACCAGUUUGACUACAGUGGCUAGAAGACCAGUUUAGGGGAAGCUAUUCAACCGUAAGGCAGUCUGUCAUCCCUAGCUUUUUGGGGGGGAGGGUGUGGAGAAUGAUAGCAGUUUUUUCCCCAUCAUGUUUUCAGUUUCAUUGUUUCAUAUAUUUUUUUUCUUUAGAAACUGAUGUGAAGUAUAUAAUGACUGACAAGUGUAUAUAUUGUUUAAACAUUAAGAAAUAGAAAGAAGAAUGGAACUGAACCUAAACUGGAUAGGUACUAUUUCAGUAUGAAGUUUGAAAUUACGUUUUUCAGUGUAGCUACACCAUUAAGAGUUUGAUAUUGCUGACUUUCAGUUUUGUUUUUUUUUCUCCCAAGUGAAAUUCUUUGGUGUUUCAUGUCCUGUCAUCAUUGAUGGUUUUCUUUGCCUGCCUGUUCACAAAGGUCUGGAUGGCAGGUGGUAGUUCCAGGAAAUAUUUUUAAAUGGAACACUACCUGUGGGCAGCACAUGGCUGCUGAUAGGCUUGAAUAAGUAAUGCUUUUCCUAGGUGAUUCUUUUAGACGCGCAAAAUGUUCUAAUGCAGCAAAGGAAAAAAAAAUACAAAGCUUCAUGUGCUAUUUGCUUGUAAUUAUUUUAUUUGCAGUAGGGAGACCUGGACCUUUCUGGCAAGGGAGCAUAUGAAAACAUCAGUCCCAGGGAGGGGACAGUAUCCUACCUCACUACUAUGUACAUGAUGACUGGUCCUUCAAACACCAUGAAAAAACCUGUUUAAAUUGACUAUCACUACACAGUGAUAUCAUAGAAUGCUAGGAGCCCUUACUCCCAGGAUUUUGUUUUACUUUAAGAUGGAUUUAUAGUGCUAAAUACUGUCUAACUGCCUUUUGUUGAGUUUAAAUUGUAAAAGCAUCUUGCGUGUUUUAAAGCUGUAACCUGUCACUGGUAUACUAUCUCCUGGGAGGGGUGUAGAAUGUGCGUGUCAGUUAGUUUGGUUUUAGGUUUCCAAAUACAAAAUGAAAGUUCCCAGAAUUGGAGUAAAAGUGUUUGUAGCUUCAGUUUUCAGUGAAGCUAGUAUUGUAAUUGUCAUAUCUGAUGUCAGAUCAUUGUUAUUAAGUCCUUUCCCUCUUGAAAAGGAGACCUGCUUUUUUGAGAAAUUUGCUUAGAAAUUGAACUUUAGAAAUAACUUUACAGUUAAUGGAAUAACUGCAGUUAUUCCUUCUGUUAUAGUACCCUAGUAAAUAUCUACAGUGGAAGAACCCUGCUUUCUCUGAGGAUGGUUCAGCUCUUUUCUGUUUGAUAUUAUGCACUCAUAAAUUUACACUUAUCUAUUAAAAUUUGCCAUUUUAUUAAACAUUUUUUUCAUGCACAAUAGGUUUAAAUUUCUUAUGAACAGUCCAACUAAAUUUUUUUUUUAUUUUGCGGAGUUAAAGGUUGGCUAUGUGGGGUGACAUCAUGAAAAUAAAAUAAAGAUACAUUAAUAUAUUUUUGGUUUGUGGGGCUAAACAUAUCUGGUUGACCUUGAAGACUGAUGUGCAGAUGGUGUGCACAUGCUUCAAAACGCUGCUUGGUGGAAGUUGGUGUUUCUACUUGCAGUGCACUGUAAGAACAGUUUUUGUUUCACAGGCUUCAUACACCGAAGCUUAAGCAAAUUUCUGAAGUAUUCAAACAGUUUGCCACAGCAGGUGAAAUACUGUGCUUCCAGUGAGUUUUCAUUUUUCCCUGGAAAGUGUGCACUAACACUGAUACAUCAGUUUCAGUGUUGGGAAAAAAUACCAGUAAAGUUUGCUGUUCAUAAAUCUACAAUAUAUAGAGUAGGGCUAAAUGGAUUAGAUCCAUUUAUAAAGCUGUGUGAUUAUUUUUUUUUUUUUUUUCCUAAACAACCAGGAACAACCAUUUGUAAUAUGAAUUUUCACAAUGAACAAAGUGGUAAUAGCUGCUGUCACCAGCAGUUGGGAACACUUACUGGUGCGGAAAUACUAAGAAUACAUUUAGUGAUUACUUGGUGAAGUAAUUUUCCACAUGCUUUUUCCUUUAGCAUCAUGUUUUGUGUUGUACAAUUAAGCUACAAUUACAUCUACUAUUUUGGAUAACAUUCAUUGGUUAACAAUAAAGAGAUACAGUUAAUUUCUCUGAG